AUGGUAAAUGCUGAUGUUGUUGAUGGGUUGAAUGAGUUGAAUAAGGAAGUAAAUGAUGAUGUUGAUGAUGGGUUGAAUGAGUUGGAUAAGGAAGUAAAUGUUGAUGGGUUGGAGAACAAAGAAGAUGAAGAUGAGUUGAAGCGGAAUAAGUUGUUUGAGUUGAAGUGGUUGGAGAUAUUUGAGCAAGAGGAGUUAGAAAAGAAGCAUGUUGAGUUGAAGAUGGAUGAGUUGAAGAUGGACGACAAGGAAGAUUUGACCACGAAGAAGAAGGAGUUCGCCACGAAGAAGAAGGAGUUGGGAACGAAGAGGAAUGUGGAGUUGGCCAAGAAAAGGAAGGAGGAGUUGGCCAAGAAGAGGAAGGUGGAGUUGGAGAAGAAGAAGGAUGGUGAUCAGGAGUUGGAGAAAAAGAUGGAUGAUGAUGUGUUAGAAAUGACUCCAACAAAAUUUUUGGGAAAACAAUUUCGGAGAAAGAGACAGAAGUCCACAAAAUUGGGGAACUACACAGACCUUAGUGGAAAUUUUUUUAAACUCAAUGAUCCGGUAACGGUCAAUCCUAUUUUGGAUUCUGACAUUGAACAAAUGGAUGAGUUGAACAAUUGGAUGAAGUUGGAGGAGGUGAAGGAUGAAGACAUGAAAGAUCUGGUUACUAGCUUAGCUGGUCAAGAUUUGUUUGACAGAUUGUUGAAGCCUCAGAAUUGGAUACAUGAUAAGGAGAUAGAUGCAUCAUGUUUCCUUCUUAGAAAAAGGGUUGCCUAA